UCGAAAUAGUAAAGGAGAAACAAAUUUACAUUCAGCAUGUGCCAAGGGGAAAUUAGAUUUAGUUAUUUCAUUGCUUGAAGAUGGUUUCAAUCCUAAUGUUAAAGAUAACGCUGGAUGGACACCCAUACAUGAAGCCGUAAAAUGUGGGAACUUAGAUAUUGUGAAAGAAUUAAUCAAGUUUGGUGCAUAUUUAAAUGUUCCUGGUUUUGAAUAUGAAAGCCCAUUAUAUACAGCUAUUAAGUAUGGUAAAUUUGAGAUAUCAAAAACAAUUCUGAAUUAUGGAGCUGAUGCGAAUUUUAUAAAUAUGUAUGGUGAUAAUGCGAAAUGCCUUAAUAAAGAAAAGGUAAAACUUAUGAAGUCUGAAGAUUAUGAAGUCAGUGGAACAACAUUGUUAACUGAUUGUAAUGGCCCAAAGAUAUCACGAAUAAGCAAACAAAAACUGUAUCCAAAAUUAUUUGAUGGUAUAAACAUACAUGUAUGUGGAAGUAAUGGUUGGAAUCAGUUUACACUUAUAAAUUACAAUAUGAAUCAUUUAAAAGCUUUUCAUAUUUCAUGGUCCACGGAAGUUGUACAAAAGUAUAAUAUAAUAUAUUAUAAUGGUUUUUUAUAUCUAAUUAUAUAAUCAUUUUCAUGUUUCCAAUAGUUAUUACUAAUUGA